AACGAAGCAACAAAAACCAAUUAACAUGGCAAAUCGAGGAAGCGACAACUUUCAUAGCAGUAUCCAAGUGCCCGGCCAAGCUCAGAUGAGAAGGGAAGAUUUAUUGAACCAACCAUCUGACAUCCAUAACCAAAGCCAAGCAACAAACUUGCUUCAAGAGACGGGGACACAAGUGAAGAACAUGGCUCAAGGAGCAGCAGGAAGUGCAGUGAACAUAGCUCGAGGAGCAGCAACUGGUGCAGCAAACAUGGCACAAGGCGCAGCUGAUGCGGUCAAAAAUACUCUCGGAAUGAAUCCUCCACACAACACUUCUAGUGACAACUAUCUUAACCAGCCAGGCACUAUCAACUUCGAUGAUGACUUCCCAACCAGUACCACAACCCUCCCAGGCAAUACAAAUUAUCCAAUCAACCCACACAAUCCUAAUACCGGCAUUUAAAUUCUGUUUCCAGAAUUCAUACCAUAUUUUUUA